AUGGCCUCGAACGGGACCAGCAGCACGGUGAGUCCGGCAACUCCUCUCUUGUCCCUGGAUCGGGUGCGGCGCCAGCUCUCCUCCACCUCCACCCGCCACCUCCUCCAGGGCCCUCUCUUGAAGCGAUCCGACACGCUAAGAAAGUGGAAUGAGCGCUGGGUCAUACUUGAUCCUACAACUGGAAAAAUAGAAUACAAGUACUGUAACUGCAGAGUUGUUUUCCUUUUUGCCAAAGAGGCGUGUUCUAGAUAUUGGAACUCCACAGAAAAAGGAAUACUUUCUUUGAGCAGAAACUCCCAGCGCUGCAAGAGCAUGGGUAUCCACUUUACAAGAAGGCCUUGCUCAACUACCGCACACAUAAUGGCAAAUCACGCAAUUUUUUACGGUGCGACUCAGUUGGUACUACAGGCUCAUAAGGAGGCCGUGAAUUCAUUGGGUGAGAAUGGUCCUGCAAAAUUGGGAACAGUUGCAACUGUUGUGGCUGUAGCCAAUGCCACUGCAAUUGAAGCAACAAAGGAGGUAGAGGCUGCAAUGAAGAUUUCCCUGCGGGCAACUUUGGGCUCAACUACAAAUAAACUUACCAAAGGCCAAUUAGAUGAUCUCACAAUAAUGAUGUUUAGGGAAUCGGAGGAGAAAGCAAAGCUUCUUGUUGAAGAGAGAGAUCGUUUGCUAACAGAGAGAGAUUCUGCUCUUCAAGAAGCUCAGGUGUGGCGCUCAAAACUAGGAAAAGCUAGAGGAAAUGCUGUAAUUCUAGAAGCAGCUGUUGUCAGAGCUGAAGAGAAAGCUAGGUGUGUGUACAACUGUGUUGAGCGUGUGUGUGUAUACCUGAACUUUCAUGUUUAG